CUCCGCGGCGGCCGUUAACGGCCGCUCGCCUCCCUGAGAGCCAUGGACGUGUCGCGGGGCUUCUUCGGGAAGCUGCGCGCCCUGGCGCUCACGCUGGAGAAGGAGGCGGGGCAGCUGGAGCGGGCGCUGCGCAGGGAGGACCCAGACUAUGAAGAAGAAUCUCCAAUACGYGUCCUACAUGACCUGCACUGUGAAGUGAAGGCCCUUAAGGGAGAUGUUAAUGCCAGUCUCGAAAAGACCUGCUCUGAGAGGCAAGAAAUUCAUGACUUURUGAAGGCAAGUGAAAUAUUAAUGCAAAGAAAUGCAGCAGAUCUUGGAAAAAUAAGGGAGUUGUUCCAGAAAUAUGGCUAUAAACCACCUGUGAAAGAUUCCCCCGAGGAGGAAGAGGAGGAGGAAAAUAACAGUCAAUCAAAGGUGUCUAUCCAGAAUAAAUCUGAUCAAGAGAAAGUGGAUGAUGAUACUCRUCUUCCUGCUUGUACAGAGAAGCCACCAGUCCCCAAAGACCCUAUGCGUAACCCCCAGCUUUCGGAUUUUGGGCUUUCACAAUACGCUUUCUCCAGGACUUGGAGCACAAGGAAUGAACAACAUGCAAGAAACGYACAUCAAGAAUAUCCAAAAACCAGGACUCCCUUAAAAACCCAGGCCCCGUCUAUGUUGCCCAAAACACCCAAGUGUAUGCUAAGGAUGGAUGACUACGAGUGUGUGACACCAAAACUAGAACACUUCGGCAUUAGUGAGCACACCAUGUGUAUGAAUGAAGAUUAUACAAUGGCACUCAUCCAUAAAACUGCUCAGACAAGCAAAAACUUGCCUAAGGAAGAUCAUCAUGAAGUGAGUGUAGCAGAAAUGUCACCUAGGAAAAUCAUGGUUACUCCUGGGCCAAAACCAAACAAGACAGAUGGGAAUGCAGCUGAUUAUAUGGCUUCUCCUGUGAUACCUGUGUUCUGCACRCCGGGUGUGAAAAUCCCCUCCGUAUCCGAUGGCGUGGGAUUGCCAAGAACACCGGAGACAAACGAAAUAAGUCUUCCUAGCCACACAGGAACACCAGUACUGCCAGAUUUUGAAACAGGAUGGCUAAAAAUAGAAACUAAGCAUGUAAAGCAGAGGGAGAAGCCUGAACUGGUGGCCGAAAAUGAUGCAACAAGUAAUCUGUACAUAGAAGAUGUCAUUCCAUCUGCUGUAAGCUCUGAUGAAUAUCUGAAACAUUUUGAAGACACUUCUCCUCCCAAAAUAAAGGACUAUGAACAUUUAAUUAAUACUCCUCCGGCACCAGAAAUAACAAGAAUACCAGAUGAUGUUCUACAGAUUCUAUCAAAAUAUAAUCAAAAAUCAGGCUCUUCUAAAGCCAAGAAGGUGGAGAUCAAAGCAGGAAACACUACAAGAUAUGAAAGUGAUUUCUCAAAUUAUUACAACAAAGAGAACAGAGAAUAUCCUGAACUUAUCAAGCCAAAUGUUUGAAAUCAAGCCUCAGGCCCAUGCUGAGCCCGUUUCACAUUCAUGGAACUUAUCACUGAGUUGCAGCAAAUUCACAAAGCAAAAAAUAACAGGAGGGGAGGGAGCAGUGAGACAGUCAAGAACCACGUAAAGGAAGAAGGCCUUUUUGUGGAAAAAGCUUUAUGUGGAGCAACCUGUUAAAACUAAUAACAUGGUGCUUAAGUUUUUAUUUGAAAUUACUGGUAAAAAUGCAUUGUUUUCAAUGUGUAUAUGCUUCAAAGAGACCUUGGCCMUGUACUCCUCAGUACUUCUGUUGGUGAAUCCUCUUGGUUGUGUGUACGCUUGCCUUCGCAGGAGGCUGUGGAGAUGUGYAAUUAUGUUACAAUAAAGGAAAUGUCCAGUAUAUUGCCUGAAAAAGUGAGUCUCUACAGAUGUUCUAGAAAGACUGUGUAUCUUUUCAGGGCUGAGUUUGGAGUGUUACUUCAAUGGAAAUGAGAAGUUUCUUAUGUGAAAAGCAACUUUUAGGACUUCUGUAAUAUUUGACACUUCUGCAAUAGCAAGAGUUGUCAGA